CUCUCCUUCCGGACCUUGAAAUCGUCGAGAUUAGGGUUUCGCGAAGCUGGCCGUCGGAAGGGAAGGGAGGGAGGGAGGUAAGACAGGCCCUGGUGCCCACGUAUAGCCCCUCUUUCGCUUCUUCUUCGGCAGCGCCAUCGAUCCUCCGCGGCAUCGCUCGCUCGCUCACUGCAACCAUGGCGGACAAAGCUUGCACCGUCCGCACCCGGAAGUUCAUGACCAACCGCCUUCUGGCGCGCAAGCAAUUCAUUAUUGAUGUUUUGCACCCUGGUCGUGCCAAUGUCUCCAAGGCUGAGCUGAAGGAGAAGCUCGCGAAGCUGUACGAGGUGCGGGAUCCCCAGACUAUCUUCGUGUUCGGGUUCAGGACCCAGUUUGGAGGUGGCAAGUCCACUGGAUUCGGUCUCAUCUACGAUUCUGUUGACUCUGCCAAGAAAUACGAGCCGAAGUACAGAUUGAUCAGGAAUGGAUUGGCAACCAAGGUCGAGAAGUCGAGGAAGCAGAUCAAGGAGCGCAAGAACCGAUCGAAGAAGAUCAGGGGUGUGAAGAAGACAAAGGCCGCCGGGGACGCCAAGAAGAAGAAGUAAGCUUGACAUUAAGAAAUUGCCAAAUAUUGCGGCGAAGAAUGAAUCUAUUACUGGAGGUCCAGAUAAGACGUGAGAUUUGUUAAUGGACCCAGGUCUUCAUCUAGAGUAUUCGUAGCUGCAACCACUUGUUUGAUUUGAAUCACUUCAGUGGCGUCAACAACGAUUGUUUUUUAACUUGAUAACCUACAAUCUUGGUGAUGUUCCUCUCUAUUAUGCCAUUA